AUGGCACUGCAGGACGCGCACCGGGCAUGGCUACGUCGUAUGGUGCUCGUAGUCGAUCCCGAGUAUCAGUUGCCUCCGCCCAUCACAUACCCUGAGGAUCUGCAUCCUUUGCCUGAUGAUAUUGAGGCGUACUGCAAGUACUCUUUUCGAUCCGAGGACUUGGUGUCUCAGUCGCCCCACCUCUCGAGCGCUCAAUUCCGCGCGAUGUGUGAUCGUCAUGCCGCCGUCCUGACAGAGCGGGACAUCGCGCCUGCUAAUUCGCGUACAGACCUCACGGGGCACACACACACGCAUUCGCCGAUACCUAACGCAGACGGAUCGGCCGUCUCGGGCGAGACACGACCGACGUCACCUACUUGCUAG